GGAGGCAGCUGAGGGGGCCGGUCCAGCCUCCGCUCCAGUGCCAGCGCCGAGCCCGGCAUCCCCGAGUCCGCUGGACCCGCGGCGGCGCGGCAGGUGCCCCAGGAGCUGCCCUCUGCUGCCUUGUCUCGGCCUCCCCUCCUGGGUCAGCGGCCACCAUGUUCUCCUGUGUGAAGCCCUACGGGGACCAGAACUACUCGGCCCUGAAACGGGCCUGUCUGCGCAGGAAGGUGCUCUUUGAGGACCCGACCUUCCCCGCCACCGAUGACUCACUGUAUUAUACGGGCACCCCAGGGCCCGCCGUUAGGUGGAAGCGCCCCAAGGACAUCUGCGAGGACCCCCGCCUCUUUGUGGAUGGCAUCAGCUCCCACGACCUGCACCAGGGCCAGGUGGGCAACUGCUGGUUUGUGGCGGCCUGCUCGUCCCUCGCUUCCCGCGAGUCACUGUGGCAAAAGGUCAUCCCAGACUGGAAGGAGCAGGAGUGGGACCCCGAGAAGCCCAACACCUACGUGGGCAUCUUUCACUUCCAUUUCUGGCGCUUCGGGGAGUGGGUGGACGUGGUCAUCGAUGACCGGCUGCCCACAGUCAACAACCAGCUCAUCUACUGCCACUCCAGCUCCCGCAAUGAGUUCUGGUGUGCCCUGGUGGAGAAGGCCUACGCCAAGCUGGCGGGCUGUUACCAGGCCCUAGAUGGAGGCAACACGGCGGAUGCGCUGGUGGACUUCACAGGUGGGGUUUCCGAGCCCAUCGACUUGACCGAGAGUGACUUUGUCAGUGACGAGGCCAAGAGGAACCAGCUCUUUGAGCGCGUGUUGAAAGUGCACAGCCGGGGAGGCCUCAUCAGUGCCUCCAUCAAGGCAGUGACAGCGGCAGACAUGGAGGCCCGGCUGGCGUGUGGCCUGGUGAAGGGCCACGCGUAUGCCAUCACUGAUGUGCGCAAGGUGCGCCUGGGCCGUGGCCUGCUGGCCUUCUUCAAGUCAGAGAAGCUGGACAUGAUCCGCCUGCGCAACCCCUGGGGCGAGCGGGAGUGGAACGGGCCCUGGAGUGACACCUCAGAGGAGUGGCAGAAAGUGAGCAAGAGUGAGCGGGAGAAGUUGGGUGUGACUGUGCAGGAUGACGGCGAGUUCUGGAUGACCUUUGAGGACAUGUGCCGAUACUUCACGGACAUCAUCAAGUGCCGCCUGAUCAACACAUCUUACCUGAGCAUCCACAAGACGUGGGAGGAGGCCCGGCUGUGCGGCGCGUGGACGCGGCACGAGGACCCGCUGCACAACCGCAGCGGGGGCUGCAUCAACCACAAGGACACCUUCUUCCAGAACCCGCAGUACAUCUUUGAUGUCAAAAAGCCAGAAGAUGAAGUACUGAUCUGCAUCCAACAACGGCCAAAACAGUCCACCCGCCGGGAUGGCAAGGGUGAAAAUCUGGCCAUUGGCUUCGACAUCUACAAGGUGGAGGAGAACCGCCAGUACCGCAUGCACAGCCUGCAGCACAGGACCGCCAGCUCCAUCUACAUCAACUCGCGCAGUGUCUUCCUGCGCACGGAGCAGCCCGAGGGCCGCUACGUCAUCAUCCCCACCACCUUCGAGCCAGGCCACACUGGCGAGUUCCUGCUCCGAGUCUUCACUGACGUGCCCUCCAACUGCCGGGAGCUACGCCUGGAUGAGCCUCCCCGCUCCUGCUGGAGCUCCCUGUGCGGCUACCCCCAGCAGGUGACCCAGGUGCAUGUCCUGGGGGCCACUGGUCUCAAGGACUCCCCAACAGGGGCUAACUCUUACGUGAUCAUCAAGAGUGAGGGGGACAAAGUCCGCUCGGCCGUGCAGAAAGGCACCUCGACGCCUGAGUAUGAUGUGAAAGGCAUCUUCUACCGCAAGAAGCCAAGCCAGCCCAUCACUGUGCAGAUCUGGAACUACCGAGUCCUGAAGGAUGAGUUCCUGGGCCAGGUGUACCUGAAGGCCAGCUCGGACGACCUCCAGGCCCUGCACACCCUCCACCUCCGAGACCGCAACAGCCGGCAGCCCAGCGACCUGCCGGGCACCGUUGCUGUGCGCAUCCUCAGCAGUGCCUCCCUCACGGCCAUCUGAUACCUGCCCGUCUGCCUGCACCCACAGUUCUCACCACCAUCUGCAUGUCCCCAACCAGGCCAGGGACCAGCCUGGGAGCCGGGACACUGGCGUCCUUUUCCCAGCUUUUCCACUGACUUGCUGUGUGACCUUGGGAGGUCUCUGCCCCUCUCAAGGACACUUGCCUCAGUGUCCCGAGGACCCCAAAGCAUUCCUUUCUCAUAGAGGAGUCUUCUUGCCUGAGAUUUAAAAUAGCCCUCCCUACCCCAACUGCCACCAUGGCUAAGGGACUCUAUCCAUUGAAAACCUUUUCCCAAGGCCCUGCUGUCUGCCAGCAGAGUGCCAAGAAGAUGUCACUUGUUUACACACAAACUGCCACAUCCCCAAGGCCCACUCUUGCCCCUUGUGUCCCAGGCCUGCCCCAGUGUCCAAGACUUGCUUUCUUUGUCCUACAUCUGGUUUUCUAGCCACCUUGAAAGGACUCUUGGCUCUUGGGUUCCUGCCCAGGCUAGAAUUUGGGAAAUGUCCAGGUGACAUCUGUCCAUUCUUGAAUCCCAUCCACUCACCCGCCCAUCAUGUAUUUAUUCAAAGGAGAUUUGCCAAAUGAAUAAACGAUGCCCAUGAGACCCCAUGUGGAGCCGGGCCUCUCCUCGCAGCUCUGGGAGACCCGGCGUCCGUCCUGGGCCUCGCCUCUGCUCUCAGGUCCUCUCAGAUACAGACGCCCAGAGGAGCUGCAGCCACCUUCUCCUUCUAGGUUCUGAUUGCAUUCCCAGCCUCUGGUUUAGGGUCCCUGGAGAGGGGGUGGAGAGGAAGGGCGUCCUGCCUCCACUGCCCUGACGCGGGAAGGAGUGUGUCUGAUGUAGUGGGCCAGGCGGGGAGAGACCUGAGGGGAGGCACAUGCUCCCAGGAACCCCUCUGCUGCAAGACCUGGGCUUUUCCCGGGAGCAGGGACUCUGGAGUGGUGGUCUCAGGUCCGCUGGCAUCAGUUUGCACAUUGGGCUUUACAGGAGAUGGUAAAUCCAUUGUCUGACCAGAGGCCCUUCCACCAACAUUCCCCCCAAAACGUAGCUGAGGAGCCAUAACCCUCUUGCUGCCCGGACCAAAACGCUCCUUUUAGUCCUCAACGUUUUAUAUUCUUUCCGUUUUAACUCUCAAUUUUAACCAGGGGUUUUUAAAGGAAAACUGAAAGCCAGAACCCUUUUUUCUUCUUAAACUCCAGUUCCUGUGAUCCUCUGAUUUUAUUUUGAUCUGCUUGGGGAGGGACGUGGCGAGGUCAUACCUUCUCAGAGGAGGUCUGGAGGUGGAUGAAGAAGAUGGGGGUUUGUACUUGGAUGUUUUACAAGCCAGCACCUACUGUGUUCUUGGAGAGUGUUGGCGCUGUGACCAGCUUUGGAUCUCUCCUGUGCCCUUCUCAGGCUCCAGACCAGGUGAUGUCAAUGAAAAAGUCCAGUUGGUUCAAGAUCAGGAAUUCCUGUGGCCUUGCUGGGAAUUCCUUUGGGGAACCUGACUUUUCAGCUCCAGAUCUGGCUCUUGGGUGCAGUGUCCUGGCUGGAUAUGCUGGAUUCUUGACUUUGCUGGAUUCUUGACCCCUCGCUCUGGCUGGCUCUGCUCCUGUGUCCUGGCCCUGGGUCACGGGAGGGGCCAGGAACUGAAUGACAAGGAGGACAAAAGGAUUCCUUCUCGAAAAGCUGGGACUUCUCCUCAAGAACCCGAACCUAGGGUGAGGACUUUGCGUGUGACCAGGAGCAAGUUGCUUAAACCUCCUGUGCCUCGAUUUCCCCCUCUGCAAAGUGGGGCCAGUGAUUAUCGUUUGUCAGCACUCUUACUAACAAGUGCUGUAUAAGGGCAAAACAAUACCCUUUCUCUAUGUAUCUUUGUAUGCGUACACACUAUACACAGUCAUGUAAUCACCACUUCUCAGUGUCUGUUUGAAAGGAAGACUCCUGAGUUGGGUGGAGCGUCGAGGGCCGGAUAAGCCAGCCUGGGGCCUCUGGGGCCGACACACGGGUCUUUGCUCAGCCAUGUCCACCUGGGCUACGGGGGCAAACCAGGACCAGCUGGCAGACCUGUGUGGGCUUUAGCCUGGGGGCUGGGCACUGUGUCCCUCGACUCCCUUCUCAGACAGAACUGGUUCGGCAGCCCUGCCCUUGCUCCCUGCCCCUCUUGGUGGGCCAGGCUGGCUCCUGGCCGUGUGGGAAUCCUGGUCCCCAGGAGGCCCUGGGGACCGGGCAGGUGAGGAUGGAGCUCUUUCUGGCCGGGACCGGAGGGUGAGUGGGGAGAGCAGCUGCUCUGUUUGCCUGGUGCGCCCUGCAGCCCACAGGGGCCUCAAGUCCCCAUUUGCAGAUGGGUAGGGCCCCUGCUCCACAGCACCCCGAGCUGGGCUGCGUUCCCCUCAGGGCCGAGCGCAGGGUCAGGGGAGUGGAGACCUGUUCCGUUCUCAGAAUAAAUGUUAC